AGAUAGAUAUUUUAGAAAUUACUUCAUUUUAUGCUGCCAACUUAAUGUUCUUUUGGGCAGCUUUUGAUAAAUUGGUCAGUUUCCUCUCGUGUAAGCCUGUGGGCUUACUAAAUGAAUAAGGUUGAAUGUAAACAGAUGAUCAGGGGUGAUGUGUUUUGUUCGUGUGGACCAAAACUAGAGAGGGCAGGAACAAAACAGAGUUAAGUAAAAAAAAAUAAAAAGGGAUUUUGAGUGCCGACUUACAAAAAAUUAAGAUAGGUUUGUUCAAACUUGUGAACAUGGGGUCUCACAAAACGAGUGAUUGAUGAAAUCAUUUAGCUUCAGAUGGCCCUGUGUUUGUGUGUUGAGGGGCAGUUUAAGUGCUAUGAAGUGCAUAGGAAACUGGUAAGAUGAACCUUUCUGCACUGCUGAUUUGAAUCUAAGGUUAUGCCUGUAACAUGCCAGUCCUCUUUCCAGAAGUAAUUUUUCAACCUGUAAACAUUUCAAAGCGGAGAGAGGGAGAGGGAAAACCCACAGCUGAGAAGUAGAGAGAAUUGGGAAAAAGAUGGAGUUUGGGGGAAGGGGUUGAAAAGUUGGAGGAGGAGCAUCUUGUAAUCACACCAUAACUUUCAUAGAAGGAGGAAAAUAUAUAAGAACUAUUGUGACUUCAGGUUCUUUGGUGUUGUAAAUGAGACCCUUUAAACCUUCUGUUUUACUUGUCAAUGGGAUAUUUGGGUGCAGUAGCAGGUAGGAGUUGAAUAUUCUUUUUGAAGUGUGUGUGUGUGUAUGUAUGUGUGGUAGCAAAAUCUCCCACCCACUUUUAGAGGUGGGAGGGCUCAGCUGAUGUCAUUGAGUGCAGUAAGCUGAGCUUGAAAGAGGCCCUUUGUUGGCUGCUGUAGCACGAGUGGUCCCUGUGCUUCAGAUACACUCACACACACAGGACAGAGAGAGAGAGAGAGGAAUGGCUCCGCUCAGACUGCCUUACUGCCUACUCAUCUGAGACAUCCACAACUCUCUGGACUCAAUCUGCUCUGUUGGAUUUUUGUUUUUAGGUCCUAAUGCUGGAGUUAACCAAAAGUUAUCAAGUGGGCGGGGGAAGAUGGCGUCGCACAGAAGAAAAAGUUGGUAGUUUUUGCCGGACAGCACACAUUCAGCUUUGCAAGGAAAGAUAAAAAGUAUUCCCAAGAGAGGGGAGGACUUGUAAAAAGCUACUUUUUUUGUAUCGUCGUCUUCUACUUGUUGGAUACAUGUGGAUGAAAACCUUUGAGAGCGAUCUGAUUUGAACAAGCAUCAAAACUUUUAGCAGAAAAGGGAAAGAAAGCAGAUGAAAAUGUUGGAGAUAUGCCUAAAAUUGGUGGGGUGUAAAUCUAAGAAAGGCCUCUCGUCAUCCUCCAGCUGUUACUUGGAAGAAGCUCUCCAAAGGCCAGACUUUGAGAGUCAGGGUCUGUCAGAAGCAGCCCGCUGGAACUCCAAAGAGAACCUGUUGGCAGGACCCAGCGAGAAUGACCCCAACCUUUUUGUUGCACUCUACGAUUUUGUUGCAAGCGGUGACAACACACUGAGCAUCACUAAAGGAGAGAAGUUACGCGUUCUGUGUUACAACCCCAACCGUGAGUGGUGCGAGGCCCAGACCAAGAAUGGCCAGGGAUGGGUGCCGUCCAACUACAUCACUCCGGUCAACAGCUUGGAGAAGCACAGCUGGUACCACGGACCCGUGUCGCGCAACGCCGCAGAGUACCUGCUCAGCUCCGGCAUCAACGGAAGCUUUCUGGUCCGAGAGAGCGAGAGCAGCCCCGGACAGAGGUCCAUUUCUCUGCGUUAUGAGGGGAGAGUGUACCAUUACAGGAUCAACACUGCAUCAGACGGCAAGCUGUAUGUCUCAUCAGAGAGCCGUUUCAACACAUUAGCAGAGCUGGUGCACCACCACUCCACCGUGCAGGAUGGACUCAUCACCACUCUGCAUUACCCAGCAGCAAAACGCAACAAGCCCACCAUCUAUGGAGUUUCUCCCAACUAUGACAAGUGGGAGAUGGAGCGCACUGACAUCACCAUGAAGCACAAACUGGGAGGGGGCCAGUAUGGGGAGGUCUACGAAGGUGUCUGGAAGAAAUACAACCUCACUGUGGCUGUCAAGACACUUAAGGAAGACACAAUGGAGGUGGAGGAGUUUCUCAAAGAGGCUGCUGUUAUGAAAGAAAUCAAACACCCUAACCUUGUGCAGCUGUUGGGUGUGUGCACACGAGAGCCGCCGUUCUACAUUAUUACAGAGUUCAUGACCCACGGAAACCUGCUGGACUACCUAAGAGAGUGCAACAGAGAAGAGGUCAAUGCCGUGGUGCUGCUGUACAUGGCCACUCAGAUCUCUUCUGCCAUGGAGUACCUGGAGAAGAAAAACUUCAUACACAGGGACUUGGCUGCCCGCAACUGUUUGGUGGGUGAAAACCACCUGGUGAAGGUUGCAGACUUUGGUCUGAGUCGCCUAAUGACUGGAGAUACGUACACCGCUCAUGCUGGUGCCAAGUUCCCCAUCAAGUGGACUGCUCCAGAGAGUUUGGCCUACAACACAUUCUCUAAUAAAUCUGAUGUUUGGGCAUUUGGUGUGCUGCUGUGGGAGAUUGCCACCUACGGCAUGUCUCCUUACCCUGGCAUAGACCUGUCACAAGUCUAUGAGCUGCUGCAAAGAGACUACCGCAUGGAACGACCUGAAGGCUGUCCAGAGAAGGUCUACGAGCUCAUGACAGCUUGUUGGAGGUGGAACCCUGUGGAACGGCCAACUUUUGCUGAAACACACCAAGCCUUUGAGACCAUGUUCCAGGAAUCCAGCAUCUCUGAUGAGGUUGAGAAGGAGCUGGGGAAAAAGGGGAAGAAGACAACAUUAGGCUCCACCCAGCAGGCUCCAGAGCUGCCCACCAAGACCAGACCUUUCCGCAGAAACACGGAAAACAGGGACAGAGACAGUCCAGACCCAGUGGAUCCGGAGGUGGCUGUUUCCUCACCAAUGCUUCAUAGGAAAGAGCACUCCAUGCUGGACAACAACUUGAAUGAAGACGACCGCUUGAUGCCCAGAGACAAGACACGUGUCAGUAAUUUCCUCAGCCUCAUCAAGAAAAAGAAAAAGAGUGCACCAACUCCACCUGUACGCAGCUCCUCCUUCAGAGACGACUUCCACACCGACAGGAGAGUUGUGACUCCUGAUCCUCAAGACAAUGACAAUUUCAACAACGGUGCAUCUUUGUCACUUAAUGACACAUCCCCUAGCACUGAAUCUUCAAAGUUUUUGGUUGCUAUCAAUAAUGGUGCAGGAGGUAAUGCUAACUACCCAGGAACUUCGUACUCCAGAAAGAAGGCAGCUUCUACAGCACCUGGUCCUGGGAGCAAGAUGGCCAUGACACCACCUAGUGAAGAGGAAUCCGUUUCUAAUUCAAACCGGUUCCUCUUGCCUUCCAACAUGUCCAAUGGUCGAGGUGGUACUGAGUGGAAAUCAGUCACUUUGCCACGAGAUCUGGGCCAGCGCCACUUUCAGUCAGGCACUCUUGGAGGUAAACCAGCUCUCCCGGUAAAGAGGACCAAUGAGCAGAAAGGAGAGAACACCCGGCGAAUGGGCACCCUGACUCCUCCACCACGUCUGAACACUUCCUCAGAGGCCUCUUCUUCUCUCCUUGGAAAAGACACAGAACCCUGUUCUGGUCCCAGUUUCCAGGCAUUGACACCAAAGGUGGUAAAGAGACCCGGUGUGCCCGGGCAGGAGAACUCCAGGAUCGGUGCUGAAGUGUUACUCACUUUAGGAGGAGUUGAAGAGUGCAAAGCCCGCAGAGGCAAGCACAUGGUAGAGUCCUCGUCUGUCAGGGGAAGAGGGAAGUUCCAGAAACCCAAACCAGCCCCACCUCCACCUCCCACUGGUGCCAAAACCAGUAAGAUCGCCCGUAGCCCCACUCAAGAACUCCCCUCACCUUCGUCUUCCCCUUCGUCUUCCCCCUCAGACAUCAAAAUCAAGUACCUUCCUUCCAUUUCAGAUUCCCACCACACAGUUGCUGCUAGUGACCAAGCACGCUCGCCCACCAGUGAGGGAUCCAAAAAGGCGCCCCUGAGCUCUACCUAUAAACCGCUCAAACCCUCCACUUCAUUGACCCUUUCUCCCUCCAGCUUGAGCCAGGGAGGCUUCUCUCUCACCCCCAACACCGAUCAGAACUCAACCGCAUUUGCUCGACGCUCUCUCCGCAAGACAGCGCCCCGCCAAUCCUCCGAGCGCACACCAAACUCAGCCGUGACGCGUGACAUGUUGCUGGAUGGGGCAGAGCAGCUUUUCCUCGCCAUCUCCCGCAUGGAGGAUCAAACUGGGAGCCACAGCGCCGUGCUGGAGACCGGCAAGAACCUGUCGAAGUACUGCAUGAGCUAUGUUGACUCCAUUCAACAUAUGAGGAACAAGUUUGCUUUUCGAGAGGCCAACAACAAGCUUGAGACCAGCUUGCGUGAGCUUCAAAUCUGCCCCUCUGCCACGGGGGGCUCUAGUGCUCAGCAGGACUUCAAAAAGCUGCUGUCCUCGAUUAAGGAGAUCACGGACAUAGUUCAGAGGUAGCACCUUAAACGUCCAAUGAUCGAGACUAUAUGAACUUAAAUUCCAUUACUCCUUCUGUGUUGUGGCCAGUGAGGGGUGUGAUGCAUUUGAGAACAGCGCUGUAGGUUCGUUACAGUUGACUAUUAAUCCUGUGGUUACAAUGAACUGAGUCAGCUGAAAAUGUAUGUGGAUCUUUUUAGACAGUUGUAUCUUUGAAUGCACAUCACGUAGGCCUUAAUGAGGCUGGGGCCAAUUCUCCAUGUCACCAAUCAUCUUCCAAUUGAUGUCUUAUGUAUUCUAUUUGAUUUAACCCCUCCCACAAAUCAGUACGAUCAUGAAAAUGUCUUUCAUUCGUUUUUGUUGAGCUUCGACAAUUACUAUAAACACUUAACCUCAUCGAUGCAUUUUAAGUUGUAUUUUCGUAUUGGGUUGUAUGCGGAUGAGAUUGUGCAAGUGUGUUUUUAAGAGUGUUGGCAACCACGUGCCAUAAAGUAAUGGGAGCAUUGGCUUAAGGUAGUUUUGAGCCUCCAGCCUUCCUUCACUAUGUUGCUUUCCUGCACACUUGGGUAACAAACGGUGCCUGUAACACUACCAGCAGGCCUGCUUCAGCCUUCACACGUUCAGGUGCAAAUAUAAAGCUUUGGCAUGCUUGAGAGUGGCUUUUGGUUCACGGAACAUAAAUGUUUGCAAUUCCACUAGAGAAAAAAAACAGCACGCCUCUUGGCUGUACCGACUGGCACAGGUGCAUGAUCUGCAAUUUGGUGAUCUGUUGAACCCUUUUCUUAGACUGGAUCUUAUUUUUUAAUAUAUGCAAAUGUUUGACGAUACAGAUUUCUCUCAAAUAAAAGCCAUCGGUAGCAUAGCGUUGGAUCGGGGCAACAAGGUCAACAGGCUGUUUUCCUGAUAGGGUUUUAUCAAAAAUAAAGGCCUACAGUAUGUAAAGACCUUCCACCCCAGAAAUAAAGAAGUCCUGGGGGAAACACUGGACUGAAAAUGUACUCAUCUUUUUAUUUUCUUUCAUUUGCAUCUCUUGAACAUUUUCAGUAUUUGUUCUGUAGUGGUUGUAUUAUUUUGUGCCCCGCCUGACUGCGAAGCCUGAGGACAAAUGUUUCUGCUACCUGCGUUGACUUUUAUUCCCCUCUAUAAAAAAACCCGUACAUACCACUAAGUUUUGUAAACAAAUUGCCUUCUUUUGUAAAUGUUUCUUUUCUAACCUGGGUGCAAUUUUUGUUGCAAUAAAAUACAAAGCCAUUGUGCGACUUGAAAUACAAA